CACUCGCCACAGUGCCACACUCCCCGCCGUCGCAGCAAAUAUUCCAAUCCGACGGCGCCGUGCCCUCAAAUCCCGUGGAGAGCCGCGCCGCGCAGACAGAAAUCCCCAAAUCCCCUCGGGAGCGUUACGAUUGUAGCCUCCCAAACCCAGCGAUUCGGCGCGGCCGAGGCGGCGGCCGCGGUCGGAUCGUCGCAUGGCGGAGAUUCGCAAGUACUCGAUGUCCAGCCAGCCCCCAGAUAUUCCUCAGAUACUACUGGAAGCUCAGAAUCGUUGGUUGCGGCCCGCUGAAAUUUGCCAAAUAUUGUCAAACUACAAGAAGUUCUCCAUUGCACCUGAGCCGCCGAACAGACCUCCAAGUGGUUCACUGUUUCUGUUUGAUCGGAAAAUAUUGAGAUACUUCAGAAAGGAUGGACACAACUGGAGAAAGAAAAAGGAUGGAAAGACAGUGAAAGAGGCUCAUGAGAAGCUGAAAGUUGGCAGUGUUGAUGUACUUCAUUGCUAUUAUGCCCAUGGGGAGGAGAAUGAGAACUUCCAAAGACGGACCUAUUGGCUGCUGGAAGAGGGUUUCAUGAAUAUUGUUCUUGUUCACUACCUUGAAGUCAAGGGUGGCAAACAAAGUUUCAGUCGUGCUAAAGAAGCUGAAGAGAUUGCAGGAUUAUCUAAUGCUGAUAGUCCUGCAUGUUCAAACUCUUUUGCUUGUCAGAGCCAGGUAGCCUCACAAUCUAUGGAUACUGAAAGCCCAAUUAGUGGACAGAUUUCAGAAUAUGAAGAUGCUGAAACAGAUAAUUGUCGAGCAAGCUCCAGAUACCACCCUUUCACUGAGAUGCAGCAGCCUGUGGAUGGGAUCAUAAUGGAUAACCUGUUGGGUGCUUCAGCUCCAAGCGCUUCUGUAAAUAGUCUAGGCAAGUUUUUUACUCUACCUUCCAAGGUUUUCUACAAAUGUCGGCUUCUAACUCAUGUUUCAUUUACUACGAUUGCAGGUUAUCUUGGUGAAAUGCAGCCUACAACAGCUACCUUAAACAAUGAUUUUGUCACUCACAAUGACAUAGCUAGUGCGUUCAAUGAAACUGGAGCUGGGUUAAGAGGCGGUCCCAAAAAUCCACUCGAUUCAGUGCGGUUUGGUGAACCCUUUCUAGAAAAUCCAGGUGGCUUGAUGGAGCCAACACUCUAUUCUUCUGUUGCAACCGUGGGUAGCAAUCUGGAUGAUAGUUCACACUUGCAAACACUUAUGUCUGAGGCACUCUAUACAAACAACCUCACUCAAAAGGAAGUUGAUGUGCUGAGUGCUGCAGGCAUAACGUCCUCACAGGCAGAGAAUGAUGGUUAUACAGAUCUAAGUAUCAGAUAUCCACUUCUAAAGCAGUCCUCAUUAGAUCUUUUUAAGAUCGAGCCAGAUGGUUUGAAGAAAUUUGACAGCUUCUCAAGGUGGAUGAGCAGUGAACUCCCAGAGGUUGUUGAUUUGGAUAUCAAGUCCAGUUCUGAUGCUUUCUGGAGUACUACGGAAACUGUGAAUGUUGCUGACGGCUCUAAUAUACCAAUCAACGAGCAGUUAGAUGCAUAUGUAGUCAGCCCCUCACUUUCCCAAGACCAGCUCUUCAGCAUUAUUGAUGUAUCUCCAAGCUGGGCAUACAACGGCACGAAGACUAAGGUCUUAAUUACUGGCACAUUCUUGACAAAUAAAGAAGAUGUGGAAAGUUGCAGUUGGUCAUGUAUGUUCGGGGAUGUUGAAGUACCUGCUGAAGUUUUAGUAGAUGGCUCCUUGCGCUGCUAUACACCAAUGCAUCAUUCUGGACGAUUUCCAUUUUAUGUGACAUGUUCAAAUCGAUUAGCUUGUAGUGAAGUGCGAGAAUUUGAGUUCCGUGAUUCUGAGACCCAGUAUAUGGAGACUUCAGAUCCGCAUACUACUGGCAUAAAUGAAAUGCAUUUACAUAUCCGUCUUGAGAAGUUACUUUCCCUUGGACCAGAUGACUAUGAGAAGUAUGUCUUGAGUAGUGGAAAUAAGUCUGAGUUGGUCGACACUAUUAAUUCCUUAAUGCUUGAUGAUAAAUUGUCUAACCUCAACCUGGCAUUGCCAUGUGAUGAGAAAGAAUUUUCCAUUGUGCGGGAUCAGAAUCUUGAGAAACUGGUGAAAGAAAAGCUGUAUUAUUGGCUUAUCCAUAAGAUACAUGAUGAUGGAAAAGGUCCGAAUGUGCUAGGCAAGGAAGGACAAGGUGUGAUUCAUUUAGUAGCUGCACUUGGCUAUGAUUGGGCUAUAAAACCAAUAGUUGCUGCAGGCGUACAUGUAAACUUCAGGGAUAUUCGUGGAUGGACUGCACUUCACUGGGCUGCAUCUCGUGGAAGGGAGCGUGCAGUUAGUGCCCUGAUAGCAAAUGGAGCUGCAUCUGGUGCUUUGACAGAUCCAACAGCUCAAUUCCCAUCUGGAAGAACUCCUGCUGAUUUAGCAUCAGAAAAUGGACACAAAGGCAUCGCUGGUUUCCUUGCGGAGUCCUCUUUGACAAGUCACCUGUCAGCACUUACAAUAAAAGAAUCACAGGGUGGCAAUGUAGAAGAAGUAUGCGGAUUAGCAGCAGCAGAAGAUUUUGCAGAAUCAAGUUCUGCCCAGCUUGCUUGUGUGGAUUAUCAGGCAGAGUCAUUAAAAGAUUCACUUACUGCAGUUCGUAAAUCAACUCAAGCUGCAGCCAGAAUAUUUCAAGCUUUUAGGGUGGAAUCAUUCCACAGAAAGAAAGUGAUUGAACAUGGAGAUGAUGAUUGUGGAUUAUCUGAUGAACACACUCUUUCGCUUGUUUCUCUCAAAAACACGAAACCUGGACAGAGUGAUGUGCCUUUGCAUUCUGCUGCAGUUCGUAUUCAGAACAAAUUUAGAGGAUGGAAAGGAAGAAAGGAGUUUAUGAUUAUCCGGCAGAAGAUUGUAAAGAUACAGGCCCAUGUACGAGGACAUCAAGUUAGGAAAAACUAUCGGAAGGUAGUCUGGUCUGUAGGCAUUGUGGAGAAAGUUAUACUGAGGUGGAGGAGAAAGAGAAGGGGCUUACGAGGUUUCCAAGCUGAGAAACAACUUGAAGGUCCAUCGCAGAUCCAACCUGCUACGGCUGAGGAUGAGUAUGAUUUCUUGAAGGACGGCAGGAAACAAGCUGAAGGCAGGCUUCAAAGAGCACUUGCCCGUGUGCAUUCCAUGACCCAGUAUCCGGAAGCGAUAGACCAGUACCGUAGGCUGCAAAACUGUGUUGCCAAAUUGCAGGAGUCCCAGGCGAUGCAGGAUAGGAUGCUAAGUGACUCGGCUGGUGCCGAUGGAAGCGAUUUCAUGGCUGAAUUGGAGGACCUAUGCCGGGAAGAUGGCGAUGCACCGAUGUCCACUUUUUCUUGACAUUGAGCUUGCUAGAUCAGUUAGGCCGUGACCUGUUCGUUACCAGACUAGAUGUAAAUUCUUGUUGCUAGAACUCCAGUAAAAGUAGACCCUUGUAAUGGAGGUUCACUCCUCACCAUUUGACUUCAUAUGAUAUAGUUAAUACCAUGAGACUAUAGUUUUUCA